AUGGAUUCUGACAAAUCGCCCCCCCUUAAACCGCCCCACCCCGGCCCCUCCACCCCGCUCACUUCCCCCCACACCGUCCCCCCUCCAUCCCACGCCCCACAGAACCACCUCCCCACUAACCCCCCCCCGGCCUCCCACAUCCCUCCCCCACCCCUCCGCCCCCCCUCCCGCCAUCCGUCCUCACCCCCACACCCCACCCCCCCCCCCCAACCCCCCGCCCCCCCCCCCCCCCGCCCCAGCCCCUCCCAUUCCCCCCCUCCCCCACCCCCACCACUCCACCCCCCUGCCCCCCCCACACCCGAUUCCCCUCCCCACCCCCCCCAACCGCCCCCCCCCGUACCCUCCCCACCCCCACCUCCCACACCCCCAUCACCCUCACCCCCCCCCCCCCCCCCCCCUCACCCCCCCUCCCCCCCCUACAACCUCUCCCCCCCUCCCCCCCCCCCCCCUCCCUCCCCCCUCCCCCCCCCCCCCUUCCCCCCCGCCCCCACCCCCACACCCUACUGCACCGCCCCGAUGCCUCACACACCCACACCUCCCCCCCCCCCAUUCACCCCCCCUUCCUCCCCCCCCCCCCCCCCCCCUACCCACCCCCGCCCCCCCCCCCCUCCCCUCACCCCCCCCCAUCCCCCCCCCCUCUUCCCUACCCCUCCGCACACCUACCCGCAGCCCCCCUCUCCCCCACCCCCCCCGCUCCCCCCCCAUCCCCCCUGCCCCCCUCCCCCCCACGUCUAACCCCCCGCACCCCCACCAACCCCCCCCCCCCCCCCCCCGCCUACCCCCCCCCCCCCCCCCACCCCCCCCCCACCUCCCCCCCCACCCAAGGCCCCACCACCCCCCCCCCCCUCCCCCCCCCCCGGACCCCACCCCCACACCUCCCCCGCCCCCCCUCCACCCUCAUCCCCCCUCCCUCCACCCCCCCUCCCCCCCCACCCCCACUCCCCCCCCUCCCAACCCCCCCAUCCCCCAACCCCCCCCCCCCACUCAAGCCCACACCCCCCCCUACCCCCCCCACCACCCCCCCCCCCCCCCCCCUACCCCCCAACCCCCCCACCCCACCCCACCCCCUCCACUCCCCCCCCCCCCACCCCCCCCCCCACACCCCCCUCCCCCCCCCCCCCCUACCCUCCCCCUCCCCGCCCCCCCAAGAACCCACCCCCCUCCACUACCUACACCUACCCGCCCUCCCCACUCCCCUCUCCCCCCCCCCCCCCCCUCCCGCACCCCCCCCCCCUCACCCCCCCUCCUCCCCUCCCCUCCCCCCUCACUCCCCCACACCCCCCCCCCCCUACGACACCACCCCCCUACCCCCCUCUCCUACCCCCACCACCCCACGCCCCCCCCACCCCCUCCCCCCACCCAAUACUUACCCCACCCCCCCCCCCCCCACAUCCCCCACCCCCCCCACCCCCCCCCCCCCCCCCCCCCCCCCCACCCCCUCCACCACCCAACCCCCCCCCCCCCCCCCCCCCACCCCCCACCCCCCCCACCCCCCACCCCCCCAGCCCCCAACCACCCACACUCCCCCCACCUCCAAAAAAACCCCCCCUCCCCCACCCCCCCAGUAAAUAUGCCCCCCUCACCCCCCCCGCCCACCCCCCAAAAAAGCACCCCCCCCCACCCCCCGCCCCCACCCCACCCCCCCCCCCCACACCCCCCCCCCCACCCGACCCCCCCCUCCCCCCACCCCCCCCCCUCCCCCCAUCGCCCCCCCACCCACUCCCCCUCCCCCCAUUGCCUCCCACACGCCCCCCCCCCCCACAUCCCCCCCCUCCCCCCCCCCCCCCACCCACCCCCCCCCCUCCCCCCCCCCCCCCAACCCCCAGCCCACCCCCACUCAACACCUCCGCCCCCCCCCCCAUGCCAACAUUAACAACAGAAACCUACACACUGAGAAAAUACACCACAACACGGCAACCAUACCCAACACAGCACAACAACACUAAAACCAAAAGACAUACACUCGAAGACAUACACAACAGAAACAACAACAAACUAUUAUGUGAACAGGAAGUUUGGCUGAGUCCAAUGUGGUCAAUGAAGAUGUUUAUUUCACUUCACUUUCAUAACAUCUAUUUUUCAACACACACCAAACGUCAAAAUCAGCUGGGAUCGGGAGCCGAUCGAUCAGCUGUUUCCCGCGCGGGGCGCGCCAAGAAAAAUCAGCUGACCGUGACGUCGCGCCCAUCAGCUGAACACCUUUUCUACUUACUGAAGUGGGUGUCCCACUCUCGCAGCCUCAUCCUGGCGCGGCUGUUGGACCUUGGCGGCGGGGAGGGGGAGUACCGUGACGUCAUCACGCCCACACGCGCACACUCGCGAUCGGCCAAAUACAGCGAUGUCAAUCAGCUGAGCCGAGAAAACAAUGGGUCCCGGGUCUUGGCGAGGUUAGGGCUGUGCCUUUUAUAA